ACUCCUGAUCCUGCCCUGGUACACUUCUACAUCUUCCAUAGAUAAAAAGUGGUCAGUCACAACCCGGUGACCUGAAACAAAUAUUUACAUCAACUGAAUGCAUUUGAAAAGGCGUGCCCGGGAGCGUAGCAGCCUACAAAUUCAAGAAGAAGAAGUCGGACGUACGAUACUCGAUCAGACUCAAACUUCAAAGUCCAACUCCAGAGAGGAAAGGAGGGCGACACGGCACGGGAUCGGACAGCACAUGUAGUCUACAGCUCUCAGCAGCCAGCAGCAGUCCUUUGCAUUUCUCAAAGUCAUGCUCAGCCAAACCAGUUCAGUUUGAGUUAGCUAGGCUCAUCCUCAGCAAGCACUCAGUCUCAGACAGAGAAGAAAACAAAUCUGACCCAAAAUGGCUCUUGGCACCAUCUACCUCGUUGCUCUGUGCAUUGCGGCAGUCUUCAUCCUUCUGUCAAUCCGUGUCCUUUACUUUAUCGCUCUGUUUCUCCUGGUGACAUUCCUGGUUUGUUUCUUCCUCUCCAUGGUCUCUGAUGGUGACCUCACCCUCAUGCUCUAUGAGAUGAUUGGAAACAAAGGAGAUAAUAUGAUGGGCCGAGUUGUGUGGAUCACUGGAGCAUCCAGUGGCAUUGGAGAAGAACUUGCAUAUCAGCUUGCUCGUAAGGGUGCCAAAGUCGUGUUGUCGGCUCGCCGUGUGAACGAGCUGGAGAGAGUCCGAGGUAACUGCGUCCGAUUUCCAGAAGUGAGAGAGGAGAAUAUCUUAGUCUUACCUAUGGAUGCAACCAAGUAUGAGACUCAUGGUCAGGUGGCCGAAACCAUCGUUGACCGGUAUGGCAAGAUCGACAUCCUCAUCAACAACAGUGGUCGAAGCCAACGUGCCCUGGUCCAGGACUGCAAGAUAGAGGUGGACAAGGCCAUCAUGGAUUUGAACCUCAUGGGUCCGAUCUCACUGUUUAAAGUGGCCCUACCUUACAUGCUGGAAAACAAUUAUGGACAGAUCAUCAACAUCAGCAGUGCCACUGGUAUAAUGCCCGCCCCUCUCUCGUCUGCCUACUGCGCCUCCAAGCAUGGCAUGCAUGGUUUCUUUAACUCAGUGAGGAGUGAGUUAUCUCACAGGAACAUAGCAGUGACUAUGGUCUGCCCUGGCCCUGUCGUCUCAAACAUCGUGGAGAAUGCUCUCAGAGAAGAUUUCACAAGGCCUGCAGCAAAGCCUUACGAUGGUACAGCAGACCGGAGCUACAAGGUGUUGAUGAGCACUGAGAGAUGUGCAGCACUCACUGUGGUGGCUAUGGCAAACAAACUUAACGAGGUCUGGGUUGCUAGGCAACCUAUUCUACUCUUCUAUUACAUGGCUCAGUACAUGCCAGGCUUCACUAAGUGGAUGACUCCAUUAAUUGGUCGUGGGAGAGUGAAACAAUACAAUAUGUCUCAGGCACAGUAAUGCUGUAACUUGGAAGGAAAGAUGUAUUCAGUGUGCAGUGGGAGUGAUUUCAUAUUGAAUUGAUUUUAAAUGAGACUUGUGGGUAUUUUGAGGAUCUGAUUUAAGUGCCAUUGAUUGCCAAGAUUUCUAGACUGUUUGUCUUUUAAGUAAUUAAGAAAUAUGUAUGAGCUUUCAAAAUCUAAUUGAGGAGAGUUGGGAUAGUGAUGUUUACAAAUGAAUCUACAUUAUGGCAUCUAUUUUUGAUUGUGUACAUUUCAUAUUACAUUUCGUAACAAGUGCCUUAAGAAUUUGAAACAUAUAGAAACCUUUUAGUGGCAUUACAAGCCACAUCCAUAAUGCAAGAGACUUAAUUGUAGUGGUAUUGGUGAACUUUUGUAAACUCUUAUUUGACUGACAAAUGUGGUAUUAUUUAGCAUCAAUGCUAGCUCAAUAUAUGUUGUACCUUGGGCUCUUCAAAAUUGAGUAUUAUCACAAGAAUAUAGAUUGUAAUGCAAUAAUAAUGAUGAUAAUA